AUGAUGCUGGAUCCCUCCGCGGAGGAGAAUCAUUGCCUUGCCUAUUGGCACAUUUACAGAUCGCAGUCAUCUUUCGCUAGACGACUCAGUGGGAUCAGAGGAUUCCUGCUCGCUGAUAAUGAUGGGCGUUCCAGCAAGGAACUCACAUUCGAGGUGAAGUUCAUUGGGAGCCUGGAUAUCGUGCGACCCAAAAGCAGAAUUGAAAUAUUGGCUGCUAUGAGACGAAUACGGUAUGAGUUUAAAAUUAAGAACAUCAAGAAGAAGAAAGUCAACCUUAUUGUGUCAGUGGAUGGUGUCAAUGUGUUUUUGCGGAAGAAAAAAAAGAAAUAUGACUGUAGCUGGGAUGAAAGCCAAGUGACACUGGCCCAGGACCCCAUUUUCAGAAUAUUUUACGUCUCUCAUGACUCACAGGACCUGAAGAUAUUCAGUUACAUAGCAAGAGACAAGAAAAGUAAUGUGUUCCGCUGCAAUGUCUUCAAAUCGAAGAGAAAGAGCCAAGCCAUGAGGAUAGUGCGGACCGUGGGUCAGGCGUUUGAGGUGUGCCAUAAAGAGAGUCUAGACAAUGCUGACGCAUGGCUUGUAAAAGGUGAGGAGGAGAGAAGCAAAGACGAGACUUCAGUUGCUGGUGGCUCCGUUGAGAGAUCAAGCAACACUGGGCUAGAGAAAGAUGAAAAGGUGAGUGAAGAGCAGGUGCUGGUGAUGGAGUCGUCCAGGCUGGCGUCUCCUAUCUCCAGUCCUCUGUCUGUGAGCCAUCAGGUGCAGCUCCUGCAGAGACAGUUACAGCAGCAGGAGCAGAGGAGUCAAGCCGCCUCCGCACAGGUGGUUCUGCUGCAGCAGCAGCUGUCGGUGGAGACCAGCGCCAGGACGGAGGCUCAGGCUAGAGUCCAGCAGCUCCUGCAGCAGAACACUGAACUCCUGCAGCAUCUCUCACUUUUGGUCAAACACAUCCAAGAGCUGGAGCUCCGCACUCAACCACACAAAAACUCCCCCUUGGGAUCUCAAGACAGCCUUCUGGAAAUUGCCCUGCGUGCCAACAUGCCAGCUGUAUCAGGUGACCCCAACCCGAAUCCUCCCUCAAGCACUCGAGAGGGCUUUCCUCUCUCAAACAGCCUGGCUCGGCUCGACAGCUUCUGUUUCUUCUCAGAAUCUUCAGAGCAGGAGAAGAAGCUGGAGCAGGACCGUGACUCAGGACAGGGUCAGGAUGAAGAUCAGUCGGGUGGUUGCUCUCCUCCAGGGAACCAGUUUCUCCGCACACUGGACACACCAAGAUUCAGAGAGUCUGGUAUCGCAUCCGGAUAUGAGUCCAACACUGAUGAGAGUGAUGACCGGGACAGCUGGGGCCACUAACUGUGUUCACCACGUGUGAGACUAUUCCUGCUGAAAAAAAAACAGCUCAGACCAGUAGCAGCAGCUAAGCACUUCAGCUUUUGCAUUGCAGAUUCAGCUGUCAGAAUAAAUAUAUAAAUAUCAGAAUAUAUAAAAGUAUAUUAAAUAUAUUUAAUAAAAUUACAUAUAUAUACACACACACUCGUACAAACAAACUAAAAGAUGUUACACAUCCAAAUGUAUUAAUUGAUUCAAUUAUGAAGUUCCCAGCCAGUGGGUGUCUAGGUUGUCCUCCUAAUCAUAUUUUUAAAAAAUGUUGUACAAUGUGAAAUUGUGUA